AGCAGGCGCAGCAGCAAAUGCAGUCGCAGCAGCAGCAGCAACAAUUUCAAAGUGAGUUGCUGCAACAAAAUGGCGGCAUGCCCGCUGUGCCAGGCGCCAAUUGGCAGCCACAUGGCUACGAUUGGCUGCAAGUGGCUGCCAAACUGCGACGCAACUAUGGACUCGAUUUGCUUAUAGGACUGCGCAUUGGCUACAACUAUGAUAAUGUGCAGGAGAACAGCAUUUAUUUGACUAUACCUGAGACUAUAAUGCCGCGACACCUGUGCAGCAGUCGCUUGAAUACAACAAAUGUGAGCUAUGCAGCGCUGGAGCAGCGCGCGACUGAGCAGCUGCAGCGCUGGUUGACCAUAGCGCAGCAUAGCGCGCAUUCUAUAGCUAGAGAUGUGUUGAGUUUGGAGCAUGAGCUCUGCGGCGGCAUGGGCCAGUUGCUGCAGUGGAGUGCAGAGCGGCAGCUCUACGAGCGCAACUAUUCACGCAAAGCUUUGGCCAUGCACUCGCAGCUGUACGACAUUGAUUUUGAGGCUUAUGUUAGCCAAAUUUUUGAACGCACUAUAUACAAACCUGUCUAUUUGGUUGCUCCUGGCUACUAUGAGCAGCUGAAGCGCACGCUGCAAACGCGCAAUGCCAGCCAAGUGGCAAACUAUUUAAUGUAUCGCGCGCUUGCAGCGCUGGAGCUGCAAUCAACUGACAAAUUUUGCUUGGAGCGCAGCAAAUCGCUGCUGCCUGCUGCGCUGGGUGAAAUGUAUGCCAAGCCCAUAAGCAGCUUGCAGCUGCCCCAAGAGCUGUUGCAACUUUACGAUCAGCUGCGCACGUCGUUGAGCCAAAGUCUAAGCGCUGCUUGGCUAGAGGAGGGCAGUCAACGCAUUGCCAAGCGCAAGCUUAACGAACUGCAGCUUACAUAUCCCAAGUAUGAGCACUCCCAGGGCUUGCUCAAUGUGCAACUGCAACAUAACAACUAUUGGCAGAAUCUGCGGCAGUUGCUGCAAGCCAAACAGUCCAAGCAGCUGGCGCGUCUAUUCGAGGAGAAUCUGCCUGCGCCUGCAGAUCCACUUGAGGCAUAUGAAACGCGCAUUGUAUUUCGCGCAGUGCAGCGUCAUCUUGAGCUGCCUUGGGCGCUGCUGCAGCCACCAGAGUAUGAUGCACGCUAUGGCCAAGCUUUGACUUAUGCCACGCUGGGCACGCAGCUGGCUCAAGCGCAAGCUCAAGCGUUUGAUGAACAGCAUUGGUCGGUGCGGCUGCUCGAAAGCGACAAUUGGGAUGGAUUAACUGGCUGGCGUUAUCGCAAUCGCAGCGAUUGCUUUGCACAGCAAGUGUUGCACUAUCUGCAAGCAAAUGCAACUGCCACACAGCUGCUGAUUCAACGCAGCGCUGCACUGAACGUUGCCUUUCGUGCUUAUCUCAAUUGGCUUGGCUAUCUGGAGCCGCAUAAUGAUUUUGCUCGCCUUUCCAAGGAAUCGCUGCCGGGUUUGAACUAUUCCAAUACUGCGCUCUUCUUCUUAGCGUAUGCUCAACAACAUUGUCUGCCCAAGCAUCAGGAGCGUGAGCAGCAGCUGCAUGGCUGGUCUAGUUAUAAAUUUAGCGCUAGACAAAAUCACAGCUGGACGCGUCUCUUGGUCAAUGGUGUGCUUCAAAAUCAUGCGGAGUUUGCUCGUGAAUUUCGUUGCCCCGUGGGCUCAGCUAUGAAUCCAUAUGACAAAUGCUUAAUCUAUUAA